GAUUACCAAGAAUGUUGCCAUUAAUAAUCUCCCUAGUUAUUGUAUCAAUAUUUGCCUUCUACAAAUAUUGGAUUUCCAUUUACCAGACAUGGGAAAAGAGGGGCAUACCAUCGGUGCCUGGUAAAUUCCCGCACGGGAGUUCGUCCGAGAUGGAAAAGAGGUUUCCAGGUGAAGUCAUAAACGAUAUGUAUAAUGAAAUGUCGAAGUAUCCAUAUUUCGGGAUGUACAUGGUGAGGAUUCCUUGGCUAGUAAUCAGAGACCCGGAAAUAAUACGGCUCGUCAUGACGAAGGACUUCAACCACUUCCGGGACAGGUUCUUUCACAAGUUCCCGGAACAGGACAAGAUGAGCCAGCACCUGUUCAACCUGCCGGGGGAGCAGUGGAGGGCGCUCCGGGUCAAGCUGACGCCCACCUUCACCAGCGGCAAGCUCAAGGGGAUGUUCCCGCUCCUGCUGGCCUGCUCCGAGGCUCUUGAAAACUGUCUCAAGUCUAUGGUUGGCUCGGAACUCAACAUGAAACUGUACACCACCGGAUACACGACAGACACUAUUUCUAGCUGCGCCUUUGGUUUGGAACCAAACACUAUUAAUAAUCCCGAUCACGCUAUCAGGAAAUUAUUUACCUUUUUUCAAAAAACAAAUUUAUUAAACAAGCUUAUAAUCGCUGGCGAGGGAGCAUUUCAAUGGCUUUCGUCGUUCGGGAGGAGAGUCCCCAUAGAGGUAGAAGAGUUCCUGAUUAAACUUGUUACUGAUACUAUCGAAUACAGAGAGAAGAACGACAUUAAAAGGAACGACUUCAUGGACUUACUUAUUCAGCUGAAGAACAAAGGGACGAUUGGAGAUGGUAUGAAGGAAGAAAUUACUGAACCUCUCGAUAUCAACAUCGACUUAUUGGCAGCACAGACAUUUGUAUUCCUAUUUGCUGGUAUGGAGACCUCCAGCUCAGUGCAAAAUUGGUGUCUGUAUGAACUAGCUCUUCGGCAAGACCUUCAACAGAGGUUGAGGGAAGAGAUCGACAGGGUAUUGGAAAAGCAUGGUGAAGUUUCAUACCAGGCAAUACAAGAGAUGGAUUACCUUCAUAUGGUGAUUUCUGAAACAAUGAGGAAAUACCCCACUGUACCUAUACUGAGAAGAGUGUGCACGACUCCAUUCACCAUGCCAUCAGGAGACCGCAUCGAAAGAGGAGACCAUGUCUUCAUUCCGUUGUUUUCGAUCCACCGAGACCCGCAGCACUAUCCCGAUCCAGAGAAAUUCGACCCUGAAAGGUUCAGUCCAGAGAACAUUGGAUCCAUCAAGCCCUAUACAUACAUGCCCUUUGGAGAAGGUCCUAGGAUAUGCAUUGGGAACAGAUUUGGAUUAAUGCAGACCAAAAUGGGAAUAAUGACUGUGAUAAGGAACUUCAAAGUGGUGCCGUGUGAAAAAACUCCAAAAACCGCAGAGCUCAUGCCCAUUAUGGAUAUUACAAUGCCCAAGAAAGAUAUUUUAAUCAAACUAGUUUCGAGGGAUUAACAUUUUGUGAUCAUUGCUGAUCAAUUGUUAUUUUAUGGAUCUAUGUGAUGUGUAUUUUUAUUAAAAAGUAAAAUGUUUUUUUUUAUUUAUAUUUUUGUAUGAUAUUUACAACUGUAUUAAAAUAAAUACAUCAAGUAAAUGUAAACACAGAAAUAUAAUCACCUGAAAACGCG